AUGUCGAUUCUUAAAAAUGGAAUGAAAUUAUUUAUGAACAGGGUAAGUACGAAAAUAUCAUAAACUUGUAUGAUUAUUAAAAUCAAACAAAUAUAAAAUAUAUAUUUUUUUCCAGUCAGCUCAAAAUUUGCUGGGAAAUAAAUGUCUUCAUACUACAUCAUUGGUAAGUUUAUGGUUUAUUUUAAUUAGAAAAUGUAAUUAAUUAAUUUUUACUCAUUUGUAGGACAAUGCAAAAACUGUCAGUAUCAAAUCACCAAUUGCUAGGGCAUUUGCCUCUGGUGAAUCAAAUGAAGUAAACUAAUACAUUUUUUUUAUUAACUUAUAUAUUAUCACUUACCUAUUUUUUUAAAACUACUUCUAGGACAAAUUUUCAAACUUGCCAGUUGAUCGAAUUACAUGUACAUUAAUUCCUGGAGAUGGAGUAUACCCUGAACUAAUGGAUUCUGUCAAAACUGUGUUGAAAGCAAUUGGAGCGCCUAUUGAUUUUGAAACCAUGUUGUUUUCAGAAGUACAGCAUUCUAGCAGCGCAAAAGUGGAAGAUGUCAUCAAAUCAAUUAAUCGCAAUAGAAUUUGUUUAAUGGUAGUUAUAAUUAUCAUUUUAUGUGAAAAUGUUGUUAAUUUAAUAUAAAUUUACUAAUUAGGGAGCAUUAAUGAGUCCUGAUGUGAGUUAUUCUGGAGAACUACAAAACUUACAUAUGAAGCUAAGGAAAGGUUUAGAUUUGUAUUCUAAUGUGGUUCAUGUAGUUUCAUGGCCUGGUGUUGCUUCUAGGCAUAAGAAUAUAGAUAUUGUAAUUAUUCGUGAACUUACUGAAGGAGAAUAUUCAGCCCUUGAACAUGAAUCCGUUGAUGUAAGUUAUCUUUUUUUUUUUUAUUUCAAUAUUUAUAAAUUUAAUGUUAAAUAUUUUUAGGGUGUUGUUGAGUGUUUAAAAAUUGUUACUGCUUCAAAAUCUCAAAGAAUAGCAAAAUUCGCUUUUGAUUACGCUCUAAGAAAUAAUCGCCAACGUGUUACAUGUGUUCACAAAGCAAACAUAAUGAAACUUGGUGAUGGAUUGUUUUUAAAAAGUUGUUCAGAGGUAAUGUAGUAAAAUGGUUUAUAUUCAAAAUUUAAAUGUAUAUAUAUAUAUAUAUAUAUAUAUAGAAGAAAAUGUACUCAAUUAUUAACUGUUUUUUUGUAUGAAGAUCAAACAACUAUAUCCCAGCGUAAAUUUUGAGGCUAUGAUAGUUGAUAAUUGUACUAUGCAAAUGGUUUCCAAUCCUCAACAAUUUGAUAUUCUAGUCAUGCCUAAUUUGUACGGCAACAUAUUAGAUAACUUGGCAGCUGGAUUAGUUGGUGGAGCUGGUGUUGUUGCUAGCUCAUCAUUCAGCCCUGAAUGUGCUGUUUUCGAACCUGUAAUUAAUUAGUUAUAUUUUAUGAUAAAACAAAUAGUAACUUUUAUUUAUAAUAAUAGGGUGCAAGACAUGUAUUCCAAACUGCAGUUGGUAAAAAUAUUGCCAAUCCAACUGCUAUGCUAAUGUGUGCAUCUAAAAUGUUAAGGCAUGUCAACCUUCAACAUUAUAGUGAAUCAAUACGAAAUGCAAUUAGAGAAGUUCUUUCUGCUGGCAAAGUGAGUUAUAAUAUAUUUGUAUAAGAACAAAAGUAUUUUGAAUUUUUAUUUUAUAUGUUAGUUUUAAAUCUAAAACUAAGAAACUAAGUAGUGAUUUUAGUUGUCAAAUAUUAAAUAUGUUAUUUGAAUUAAGAUUUUAUUCUUAUAGCACAAGAACAAUCUAAAACAAUUUUAAAUACAUUAUUUUAAUAUUCAAUUACCCAAAAUUAGAAUAUAGAUUAAAAUUAAAAUUAUUUUAUAUUUUUAGGUCAGAACUAGAGAUUUGGGAGGUUCAAGCAGCACUCAUGAAUUUACAGAUGCAGUAAUAAAAGCUAUAGUUUAA